AUGACGAGGAAGAGCCGCCCGAAGAAGGGCGUCACACAGGCUGAUCUCAAGCAGGUGGAUAUUGAUGCUGAGUUCAAGUCCUCUAGCUCCUCUGAUAGUAGCGAAUCAGAGAGUGAGGACGAUCAAAGCCCUGAGUCGACCCCUGAGAUGCUGAUGCGAGCUGCAGCGGUGGGCGGAGAGUUGGCAGGGCAAAUGACGAACAAGUGGAUCAGUGAUAACCAGACUGGUCUGAAGUACUGCUAUAGUGGCAGUGAGAAGAAGAUGUACAUGUGGAAUCCGCAGUCGCAGUCUAUGUAUCAAUGGAAGGGUCGAGGGAGCAUAAAAUUCCUCUGGCAAGCCGAUCAAGGGUCAGCAGGACAGGGCCAGUCAGAGGCCGUAGAGACAGCCCCUGCAGCUUCCGCUGAGGAUCGGGUUGGUGAACCAGAGAAGGUUUUAUGGAUAACUUAUAUUCCGUCAUCGUAUUUAUGGGGAGAAGACAGUCGGAGGGAUACUCCCUCUCCUGAGGAGUCUGUCACCAGCGAUACCCAAGGGGCAGCCGAGACGGAGGAAUCCGACUAUGGUUCGGUUACGGAACCCAAACAUAAGAAAGCGAAGACAGCGGCUGAUGAUGCGUCCAUGCUCAUGAAAUGCGACUCUAGAGUGCCUGGCUUCAAGGACUUUGCCAAACGUUGGGCUAUUGACGUCAACAUUCUGCGUCACUUUGCUAAGCAUGAUGGAAUGCUCAUACGACACGUUAUAGAAUCAUUCAAGCCUAUCAAGGCUAAGGCCAAGAACGCACUGCAGAAAUAUCUGCAAGGGCUCAUGAAGUACCCUCAAAAAUGGAGGAUAGUGGCGGCGUGCAGGCAAGCUGUGCUGAUAGAGGAAGCGGAGGGGGAGACUCGGGAGCUCUUGCCUCCCCGCUCGGUGCUCGUUGGUUCAGCUGAGGAGGAUUUGGCGCAGACCAGUGAUGAGAGUGUCACUCGCUUGGUGAUUCCGGCUGGCUCGGGUCAAUAUGUGUCACCUGAGCACUUCCGAAUCUUUCCUCUUGGAGAUGAUUUCUAUGUCCAGGAUCUCGGCAGCAACUACGGUAUAACGGUGGACGGCUUGCGCUAUAGAUCAGCAGAUGGGCCGAUAGGGCCUCUCAAAGAUGGAUCAAUCGUUUCGAUUGGCGGCGGGUCACAACAUCAGCCUCCUUUGUUUCUCUGUGAGUUCGCCACUGCUGAGGAGUUGCGGAAGAGGCGAGUCGAGGCAGAAACACCUGCGACCGAGGGGAACAAGCAGUUUCAACGAGCUGAGGCCCGGAGUCAGCUGCUGAAAGAGACUUGCAAGCAUCAGCGGAUUCCUAUAGACUCAUCAGUGCUCAAAACUGCGGGCUGCAAGGCGAUGCUUGAUACCAUGUACAAGGACGACAACACUCAAGUUGACUUCCUACGUGGUUAUGUGGGAGCAGAUAUUCAGCAAUCGGUUCCGUUCCCGAUGGAAGGAGUAGCUGCUGACACUCUGGCAUGA